UGCGUUGUUGGUGGUUAGACGAUAACCAAGUGUUCUGCACACACGUUUGUUCUGGUGACUGGGCUUUCAACCAAACGAUAACAUAAUUCUUAACAUGGCUGCUUUUAUAGGAAAAUGGACUUUUGUAUCUGAAGAAAACUUACAAAAAUUUAUGGAAACUGCAGGUGUUCCUGAAGCCUACAUGAAAGACGUAUUGGCAAAUAAGCCACAAGUGGAGAUCAGUAAGGAUGGAGAUACUUACGUUAUGAAGACAACCGCAGGAGAACGUGUCAGAGAGUCACGCCUUAAAGCAGGGGAACAAUUCGAGGGCAUGUCUGUCACCAUGCAGCCAAUGAAAGCCACAGUUACUGUUGAAGAUACCAAAAUGGUUGAGACGCAAACUGUGGGAGAUACCACAAUUACUAUUACUCGCCAAGUGAAUGGAGAUGAGUUGGCAUCGGUUAUGGAAGUGAAAGGUGUUUCUGCAACAGUGAAGUUUAAGAAGGCAUAGAGUCAAUUUAGGACAUACGUUUCGACCUUGUCAUCCUGUGUUAACAAGUCGAACACGUUUACUUCAUUGUUUAACUAUUUAAAGCUGCAUUCUCGAGUUAAUUUUAAUAUUUAAUUAUUUAGAAUAGAUUAUACAGUUUCAUUUUCUUCCCACAGCGUAUCAUUUUUAUUUGUUUAAUUAUUCCUUUUGGCUGGUGUGUCUACGUGUAGGUCACGUAAAAAAAAAAAUAUUCGCUGUACUCAAGGGGAGGGGGGGGGGGGGGGCACCUACAUAUUUAAGUGAAAUAAUGUAUUAAAAUGGCGACGGGGCAUGUUAUCUUAAUAUACAGUAAUAACGAAAACACACGAGUUUAUUACACUGUAAAUAAUGAUCGAUGUUUCACUAGGAGGCGAGAUUGUAGCUUUAAAUUAUUAUUUUAUCUUAAAAUACAUCAUUUGUUAAGUAUAACAGUAUUAUGAAAGUAUUAAUUUUUGUCUGUUUUUCUCUCUCUUUUUUUAACCCGUGGACAAAGGUUCUAUAUACGACAAAUGUCAGAGUUUAUUCUCAGGACAGCCUUGUCAGGAGAUGAACGCGUUAAAGGUGCAUCGUCUUCUAAACACAUUGCACGAUACAACUGGUUCAAAUGUACAGUUUAUUGUUUAGAAUAUUCAUUUCUAUGCAUCCGGUGUAUUCUCGGUUGUCUUAAUAUGUAAAGUAGUCGUGAUGCUGUUUUUUGGGUGUUUUUUUUAGGUGGUUUCAGAAAUGCAUUCUGUUGAACAGUCAUUCACUUUUAUCAUUACUGUUAAUUAUUUAUAUGUAUGAAUUGUAAUGUAUUUAUGUAUAAAACACUGUGAAAUGAUCGGCAAUCUAAAUAAAUAUAUUCGUAUUCAUAUUAAAAUUUACUAUUUCAAGUAAGGAACUCAACUUUAGACAGGAAUUCCCUCGAGUGUAGUAAGGAGACCAUGCACCUUUAAGAACUGUCAGACCACUUGUUGUUUUUCAACUAAUCUUCUCAUUACAUGUUUAAUAAACAUUUGUUGUUGUGCACCACAAAAUUAAAACACAGUUUGUUGUAA